CUGUUUACCAAUACCAAACUUCAUUUCCAUAGCAACGCAUUUUUGUGCAGCUUUCUUGAAAUCGACAAAGCGAAAGAAAUUUCUUCAUAAUGGAUUCGUUGAAUGUGAAAAUAAAUUUGAAUUCCAGUUUAAGCAUCGACGAUGUGUGUAAAAUCAGAAUUCUCGAUGCAAGCACCACCGAGAAAACUGAUCGACUACGAAACGAAUGCAACGAUUUUAUGGAAAGCACUAAUAAUUUUCAACAAGUAGUCGAGGGAUUUCUCGCCAUGAUCGAGUCGUUGGCUAAAAACGUGGAAAAUGAGAAAAUGAAAGCGAUUGGAGCUUCGAAUCUGAUCAGUUCGAUUUCUAAAAUUCGAGAAACUGAGCAAAUGCAACUGCAGACGCAAUUGAUGGAAAAAACAAUCGAAUUAGAACGUUUACGACUUCAAUAUCAGUCAUUGUUGAAAAGUGCGCAAGAACAAGAAGAGUACAUCGAACUGCUCGUAACAAAUAAAUAAAAACGAAUGAAGAAAAAAAUUAAAAUCGCUGAAAAAUAUAUACUUUUUACAUUGCAAUAUUGUUUUGAUUAAACUUUUUUACACGAAGAUGUAAUCAUAAUCACAAGUUAAAACGAAUACAAAUGUUUAGUUAUUUUUAGUUAAUAGUAAUGUGACUUUUAAACUAUUGUCAGUGGCGUCUGAUACAAAUAAUUAAUAAAUGAAAAAAAAAUUCAAAAAGUAAAAAAAAAAAAGUACCACAACAAACAUUUUAAACGAAUAAAUAAUUAUUAGUUCAAAUCCAACUUUCACAUUUUCCAUACGUAUAGCGCAGAAAAACGACACGAAACCAUUUCAAACAACAAAAUUAACUAAAUAUUUCAAAAUUUACAUCGAGUUGAUCAAACUUCCCCGAAGAAAUUUAAUCCAUCAUUCACAAUUCCACAAGUUGGAGAAAAAAAAACAACAUUUUGUUAACAAAGAAGGCAGAAUUGCCGAGGUUUAAAUGCAUCGUCGUAACACAAUAAGUACGUAAAUAAAAAUGAAGGUUACGAAAUUUUUUGUUGGCUAGCAAUAGAAAACAAAAAAAUACAAAAUAUCUAUAUAAUAUUUAUAGGUAUAUAAAUUAAAAAAACACACAUACAAAGGGUAGGUAACUGAAAUUUAGGAAUAAAAUGAUGGAAAUAUCCGCUGUAAUUCUUACAACGCCACUGGCUUAAAAGAGCUAGAUAAAAAAAAAGCGCAUAAAACAAUUAUUUAAAUAACCAACAUGAUUGAAUACAUAUUGUAUAAAAGUACAAAUAUUAUUAGUAAAGACCAUUUUUUCGUAAAAAAAAAGAAAAGAAAAAAAAGA